AUGGAACCCAACAAAGUCCAGCCAGAGGGCGGCCUCAAUGUCACCCUCACCAUCCGCCUCCUCAUGCACGGCAAAGUAAGCAGUCUCUAGUCUUCAUACAUCACUGGUUAAGGAAGAGUAACCUAGAUAAUAGUUGAUAUAUGCCUGACUUAAGUAGCUCACCCAGAACAUGGAAUCAUGACAUGAAGAGAACGUUUUCCUUUCACCUUGUCAGACCGUUUCUGCAACACUACAUUUUGACAAAAAAGUAAUAAAAUCAUGCGGGCGUUGGAGAUCAAAUCAAAUCAAAUUGUAUUUGUCACAUGCGCCAAAUACAACAGGUUUCACCUUACAGUGAAAUGCUUACUUACAAGCCCUUAACUAACAAUGCAGUUUUAAGAAAGAAUACCAAAAAACAUCACACAAAAAUACAAUAUAAAAUAAUACGAAAUAAAAGUAACAAAUAAUUAAAGAGCAGCAGUAAAAAUAACAAUAGCGAGGCUAUAUACAGGGGGUACCGGUACCGAGUCAAUGUGCGGGGGCACCGGUUAGUCAAGGUAAUUGAGGUAAUAUGUACAUGUAGGUAGAGUUAUUAAAGUGACUAUGCGUAGAGGUCACAUGCAUGAUGGGGGUGUGUGCCAGUGGGUCUGGGCAGGUGUGAUGUAGUUGAUGUUUGUAUGAUCUUUUAAUAAUAAUAAUAAUAAUAAUAUGCCAUUUAGCAGACGCUUUUAUCCAAAGCGACUUACAGUCAUGCGUGCAUACAUUUUUUUUUGUGUACGGGUGGUCCCGGGGAUCGAACCCACUACCUUGGCGUUACAAGCGCCGUGCUCUACCAGCUGAGCUACAGAGGACCACCUUUUCAUUUGUAUGUGUAUGUUUUGUAUCAUUUAUAAAAUCUAAAAUAAAAUCUAAAAAUAAAAAUAAAGGACAAACAUCAAUUCAAAUAAAAAAGAGUAAUCUCUUACACUGCAAUGUUAUCUCACAACCAAACAGAAGCUAGAUGGAAAUGUUGUUGGAAUGUUUGUUGUUGUUAACUGGCAAGCUGGCUGCCGGUGACUCAGCUGCUGUCCUUCUGGGUGAGGCUGAAUGCAUGUGACUUUGAGCACCAUGGAGGAGAGGUGAGAGAGUGUUAGCGCUCAAAGCCAACACUGCCCGGCUUCCCUAGUCGUACUGUACCAGACCAAGAUGAUAGAGAGUGAUUGUGUGCAUAUUUUAAUUUGGCAACAAUUAGAUUGGGUAGCUGUACGACCUUUGCAAGUACAUUGUUAUUCUCACUUGGGAUCUUUGCAAGUGAAUAUGAAGUGAUGCCUCAAAAAGCUGUGGUAACACUUUAUAUUAAGGCCCCUUAAUAAACCAUUUAUAAACAGUUUAUAAAGAGUGUACUUACCAUGUAUUAAUAGUUGUUCCUUCAUUUGUAAAUGUCAAUAAGCAAUAUUUUAAGUCAUUUACGCAUUUAUUAACACUAUUUAAAUUAUGCAUUAUUGAUUUAUGAGAUAAUUAAUAAGGUGUUUGAUCAUAGUAUGUUCACAAUUUGUAAAUUAUUAAUAAUAUACUUAUAAACCAGCUAUAAAGGAGUUAUUGUCAACUCUUUUGAUUAUUUAUAAGGCAUUUGUUAACGGUUGAUUAAUGGUUUGACUCAGCAUUUAUUUACAUAUUUAUGAAUGUGUUUAUAAUAUUUCAUGAAUGAGAUAUUUUUUUAUUGAUAAUGAGUGCAUUUGUAAAUGUGAGUACAUGCACUUACUAAUACCUCAGUUGAUGAUUAAUGUAGCUCCUUAUAAACCAUUGACUAAUUAUUAGUCAACUAUUUUGCACCCCCUAAUCUGCACUAUAUACAGUGAGUAUACCAAACAUUAGGAACCCUCAGAACAGCCUGGUGGGCCAUUCUUGAUACACACGAGAAACUGUUGAGUGUGAAAAACCAAGCAGCAUUGAAGUUCUUGACACAAAACGGAGCAACUGGCACCUACUACCAUACCCCGUUCAAAUGCACUUAAAUAUUUUUGUCUUGCUCUUGCCCAUUCACACUCUGAAUGGCACACAUACACAAUCCAUGUCUCAAUUGUCUCAAGGCUUAAACAUCCUUGUGUAACCUGUCUCUUCCCCCUCAUCUUUGAAGUGGAUUUAACGAGUGACAUCAAUAAGGGAUCAUAGCUUUCACCUGGUCAGUCUAUGUCAUGGAAAGAGCAGGUGUUCUUAAUGUUUUGUUUACUCAGUGUAUACUAUAUAAAUGACUUGUUACUCCUCAAAAGCUGGCCACAUUAGUAGGAAGUACCUGACACUUGCUUGAACAAUUUCAGUUACAUAUUUCAUAAGCUUCAUAACUGCAGCCAUUAACAAAGGCCUGAUAAAUCACAAGUGAUCCUCAACUUCAGCAACUUGCACUUGAAGCAAAAGCAUAUGUGCAGUGCUAUAUGGCCGUUUAACACUAGAAUAGCCGGGCCUCGAUUAAUACAAAUAGCUGCCAAUGACGCUUGGGGCGUCUACAUUUUAACAAAGAAAUCCAUUUAAUAUACACCAUCACAAAUAAAUACAUUUUUCAUUUAGGCUAGUCUAAAGAAACAUUAUGAUAUUAAGAAAAUGUAUUUCAAAAGAACAGAAUAGCAUAUUUUUUGUUGAAUUAUGUUACUGUGCUUAGUUAUCCAAAACUCGACUUGAAGUUCAGUCCUAUGCCACCGCGGUGACGAACAAGGGAUAUGGCUUGAAAAUGUACCCCAAUCCAGGGAUGGAAGGUGUCACUGUACUCCUAAUUUACCAUUAUCCAAGACGCAAUAUCGAGAGGAUUGAAAUACUGCUCGUUUUUAAUUAAACUGCCAUUUUUGUCAGCAUGCUAGGCUAGCGUGGAGCAUCAGGUACUGUCUACUAAUGUGGCUAGCUUUUGGGAGGUGGUAAGUAAUUUAUAAACGCUUAUAAAGUAUAUAUAGUCACACUUUAGAUUAGGGGCUGCAAAAUAGUUUAUUCAUAAUUAGUAAAUGGUUUAUAAGUGGGUUAUGAGGAUGUACAUUAAUCAUCAACUGAGGUACAAGAAAAUGCAAAUCCACUAGAUGGCACUUCUCGUGGCCGCUGAUUUUAAUGCAGGGAAACUGAAAUCAGUUUUACAAAAUGUUUACCAGCAUGUCACCUGUGCAACAAGAGGGAACAAAACUCUAGAUCACAUUUACUCCACUCAUAGAAACGCAUACAAGGCUCUCCCUCGCCCUCCCUUUGGCAAAUCUGACCAUAACUCUAUCCUCCUGAUUCCUACUUACAAGCAAAAACUCAAACAGGAAGUACCAGUGACGAGCUCAAUACGGAAGUGGUCCGAUGAAGCGGAUGCUAAGCUACAGCACUGUUUCACUAGCACAGACUGGAAUAUGUUCCGUGAUUCAUCCGAUAACAUUGAGGAGUUUACCACAUCAGUCACCGGCUUCAUUAAUAAGUGCAUCGACGAUGUCGUCCCCACAGUGACCGUACGUACAUAUCCCAACGAGAAGCCAUGGAUUACAGGCAACAUCCACACUGAGCAAAAGGCUAGAGCUGCCGCUUUCAAGGAGCGGGACACAAAUCCAGAUGCUUAUAAGAAAUCCCGCUAUGACCUCGUCGGAUGUGGCAAGGCUGGCAAACUAUCAUGGAUUACAAAGGGAAACCCAGUCGCGAGCUGCCCAGGGAUGCGAGCCUAUCAGAUGAGCUACACAGACCAAAAAUAUGAAUGCAACAUGCAACAAUUUCAAAGAUUAUACUGAGUUACAGUUAAUAUAAGGAAAUCAUUCAAUUGAAAUAAAUGUGUUAGGCCCUAAUAAAUGGAUUUUACAUGACUGGGAAUACAGACAUGUGUCUGUUGGUCACAAAUACCUUAAAAAUAAGGUAGGGGCAUGGAUCAGAAAACCAGUCAUUAUCUGAUGUGACCACCAUUUGCCUCAUGCAGCGCGACACAUCUCCUUCGCAUAGAGUUGAUCAGGCUGUUGACUAUGCCCUGUGGAAUGUUGUCCCGGUCCUCUUCAAUGGCUGUGCGAAGUUGCUGGAAAUUGGCGGGAACUGGAACACGCUGUCGUACAUGUCGAUCCAGAGCAUCCCAAAUAUGCUCAAUGGGUGACAUGUCUGGUGAAUAUGCAGGCCAUGGAAAAACGGGACAUUUUCAGCUUCCAGGAAUUGUGUACAGAUUGUUGCGACAUGGGGCCGUGCAUUAUCAUGCUGAAACAUGAGGUGAUGGUGGCGAAUGAAUUGCACAACAAUCGACCUAAGGAUCUUGUCACGUUAUCUCUGUGUAUUGAAAUGGCCAUUAAUCAAAUGCAAUUGUGUUCGUUAUCCGUAGCUUAUGCCAUCACAUACCAUAACCCCACCGCCACCGCCACCAUGGGGCACUCUGUUCAUAAAGUUGACAUCAGCAAACCACUCGCCCACAUGACGCCAUACACGCUGUCUGCCAUCUGCCCGGUACAGUUGAAACCGGGAUUCAUCCAUGAAGAGCACACUUCUUCAGUGUGCCAGCGGCCAUCGAAGGUGAGCAUUUGCCCACUGAAGUCAGUUAUGAUCCUGCAGGUGAAGAAGCCGGAUAUGGAGGUCCUGGGCUGUUGUGGUUACACGUCAUCUGCAGGUGAGAGGCCGGUUGGACGUACUGCCAAAUUCUCUAAAACAACGUUCGCCCAUUGAACAUUGGACGUUGAACAUUCAAUUCUCUGGCAACAGCUCUGGUGGACAUUCCUGCAAUCAGCAUGCCAAUUCCAUGCUCCCUCAAAACUUGAGACAUCUGUGGCAUUGUCUUGUAGGACAAAACGGCACAUUUUAGAGUGGCCUUUUAUUGUCCCCAGCACAAGCUGCACCUGUGUAAUCAUCAUGCUGUUUAAUCAGCUUCUUGAUAUGCCACACCUGUCAGGUGGAUGGAUUAUCUUGGCAAAGGAGAAAUGCUCACUAACAGGGAUGUAAACAAAUUUGUCCACAAUGUUUGAGAGAAAUAAGCUUUUUGUGCGUAAGGAACAUUUCUGGGUUCUUUUAUUGUUGCGUUUAUAUUUUUGUUCAGUAUAAAUGCCAGGAAUUACCAGGACGCGUACUCGGAGCAUGCGCUGACCAGCUGGCGAGUGUCUUAACUUUUUCACAUUUUCAACCUCUCCCUGACCCAGUCUAUAAUACCUACAGUACAUGUUUCAAGCAGACCACCAUAGUCCCUGUGCCCAAGAACGGCAAGGUAACCUGUCUAAAUGACUAUCGCCCAUGGCACUCACAUCUGUAGCCAUGAAAUUCUUUGAAAGGCUGGUCAUGGCUCACAUCAACACCAUCAUCCAAGACACUCUGGACCCAAAUCCAAUUUGCAUACCGCCCCAACAGGUCCACAGAUGACACAAUCUCUAUUGUACUCCACAUUGCCAUCUCCCACCUGGAGAAGAGGAACACCUAUGUGACAAUGCUGUUCAUUGACUACAGCUCAGUGUUCAACACCAUAGUGGCCUCCAAGCUCAUCACUAAGCUCAGGACCCUGGGACUGAACACCUCCCUCUUUAACUGGAUCCUGGACUUCCUGACGACCUGUCCCAAGGUGGUAAGGGUUUGCAACAACACAUCCGCCACGCUGACCCUCAACACAGGGGCCCCUCAGGGGUGCGUUGAGGGUCAGCGUGGCGGAUGUGUUGUUGCAAACCCUUACCACCUUGGGACAGGUCAUCAGGAAGUAUAUUUUAUUUGACUCAUUAACAAUUAAUAAAUAUUCCAUUGAUGACAUACAGUGGGGAAAAAAAGUAUUUAGUCAGCCACCAAUUGUGCAAGUUCUCCCACUUAAAAAGAUGAGAGAGGCCUGUAAUUUAUAUCAUAGGUACACGUCAACAAUGACAGACAAAAUGAGAAAAAAAAAUCCAGAAAAUCACAUUGUAGGAUUUUUAAUGAAUUUAUUUGCAAAUGAUGGUGGAAAUAAGUAUUUGGUCAAUAACAAAAGUUUCUCAAUACUUUGUUAUAUACCCUUUGUUGGCAAUGACACAGGUCAAACGUUUUCUGUAAGUCUUCACAAGGUUUUCACACACUGUUGCUGGUAUUUUGGCCCAUUCCUCCAUGUAGAUCUCCUCUAGAGCAGUGAUGUUUUGGGGCUGUCGCUGGGCAACACGGACUUUCAACUCCCUCCAAAGAUUUUCUAUGGGGUUGAGAUCUGGAGACUGGCAAGGCCACUCUAGGACCUUGAAAUGCUUCUUACGAAGCCACUCCUUCGUUGCCCGGGCGGUGUGUUUGGGAUCAUUGUCAUGCUGAAAGACCCAGCCACGUUUCAUCUUCAAUGCCCUUGCUGAUGGAAGGAGGUUUUCACUCAAAAUCUCACGAUACAUGGCCCCAUUCAUUCUUUCCUUUACACGGAUCAGUCGUCCUGGUCCCUUUGCAGAAAAACAGCCCCAAAGCAUGAUGUUUCCACCCCCAUGCUUCACAGUAGGUAUGGUGUUCUUUGGAUGCAACUCAACAUUCUUUGUCCUCCAAACACGACGAGUUGAGUUUUUACCAAAAAGUUCUAUUUUGGUUUCAUCUGACCAUAUGACAUUCUCCCAAUCCUCUUCUGGAUCAUCCAAAUGCACUCUAUCAAACUUCAGACGGGCCUGGACAUGUACUGGCUUAAGCAGGGGGACACGUCUGGCACUGCAGGAUUUGAGUCCCUGGCGGCGUAGUGUGUUACUGAUGGUAGGCUUUGUUACUUUGGUCCCAGCUCUCUGCAGGUCAUUCACUACGUGCCCCCGUGUGGUUCUGGGAUUUUUGCUCACCAUUCUUGUGAUAAUUUUGACCCCACGGGGUGAGAUCUUGCGUGAAGCCCCAGAUCGAGGGAGAUUAUCAGUGGUCUUGUAUGUCUUCCAUUUCCUAAUAAUUGCUCCCACAGUUGAUUUCUUCAAACCAAGCUGCUUACCUAUUGCAGAUUCAGUCUUCCCAGCCUGGUGCAGGUCUACAAUUUUGUUUCUGGUGUCCUUUGACAGCUCUUUGGUCUUGGCCAUAGUGGAGUUUGGAGUGAGACUGUUUGAGGUUGUGGACAGGUGUCUUUUAUACUGAUAACAAGUUCAAACAGGUGCCAUUAAUACAGGUAAAGAGUGGAGGACAGAGGAGCCUCUUAAAGAAGAAGUUACAGGUCUGUGAGAGCCAGAAAUGUUGCUUGUUUGUAGGUGACCAAAUACUUAUUUUCCACCAUAAUUUGCAAAUAAAUUCAUAAAAAAUCCUACAAUGUGAUUUUCUGGAAAAAAUAUUCUCAAUUUGUCUGUCAUAGUUGACGUGUACCUAUGAUGAAAAUUACAGGCCUCUCUCAUCUUUUUAAGUGGGAGAACUUGCACAAUUGGUGGCUGACUAAAUACUUUUUUCCCCCACUGUAUAUAAAUAUAUUCAUAAAUAUGUAAAGAAAUGGUGAGUCAAACUAUGAUUAACAAUUAGGUGGAAAUUGCCACCUGGAGACAUGGUGUUGAAAGGGUUAAUCAACCAUUACCAAAUACCUAAAAAUAAUCUUAGGAGUUGACAGUAAUUUCUUUUUUAUACCACAGCAUUGUUGAAUACUCUUUUUUGAUUGGCUAGAAGGGCAUUCUAGAAUGGACAUUAAAGCUAGAUAACGGGACAGUAGGAAAAUAUCUCAGGACAGUUGGAAAAUAUAUUGGGACACCUUGCAAUCAUGGCACAAUAUGUGCCUACACUUUCAGACCAUACUUGCUACAAACUUAUAGAAACCUAAACCAACAACUACACAAACUGCAAUUGGACACACUGUAAACGCAGGUCCAACGAGAUAAAAACGUAGCUAGCUAGCAUUGAUUUGUUUUUGCAGAGACAUAUUUUUUUGGAGCAUCUAACAUUGUCAGUGAUGAGCAUGAAUUUAUCCGGUCCCCUUCAUGGCUAAAGCUGUCAAAUCCUCCCACAUGUUUUUAGUUUGACCAGCCGUUUUCAGCAAUUGAUAUUUUUGAAUUCGGUUGUCAUUUUGGCAGCUUUGCUAGCAAAAAACGAUUUAGCUAGCUUCUAGCCUAGUGUUUGAUAUGCAAUGUGAUCUCCUCAUAAUUAACAGUUGUGACUAGCUGGCUGGCUGGCUAGCAGCAAGCAAUGAAUAAGAAUGUUGCCACUGAGCAUGGCAACGGAACAUAAAGAACCAACGACUGGGUCGCAUCCGUAAAUAUCAAACUAAUCAAACGAAUGACUGGGUCGCGUCUCUAGCAACCAGAAGAUGAGAAAGUAUGAAUUAUAAAAAAAUUAUAACAUUUUAAUAUCAACUGGGAAAAAAUAUUUAUACCGGCAAAUGUGUGCUUUCAUAUUGUUUUCUUUGGCAACUGUGGUAUAAGUGAGAUAAACGCCUCCGUUCUGUACAUGGAAAAAUUUACUCCGCAAAUGGACUCGGCUCCACCUCAUCCAGCUGCGUCGUCCAUUAUUUCCAAGGUAAUCUACAGAACGUCUGCGUUUAUCCCUUACAUAGCUGGUUAAGUACAUUAGUAGUACAUUAUAAAUCCUUUACAAAUUGUGAACAUAUGAUCAAAUACCUUAUUCAUUUUUAUUAAUUUACAAAUGUAGGAAUAAUGAUAAAUAAAUGUUAAGUAAACUCUUUACAAACUGUUUGUAAAUGAUUUAUUAAGGGACAUUAAUAUAAAGUGUUACCAAAGCUUUAUCAAUAAUCUUAUUGUUAGCAUUGAGAUUACCCUAACAUGUUAAUAACAUCUACUAUUUUAUAUUUAUGUUCCCUUAUUUUCUUUAGGAGGUUGGAAGUAUUAUUGGCAAGGUAUGCAAGAGUUUGUGUUUAUCACGUACUUGUACAUAACACAAUAAUUCGAACAAUAGUUACCUGAUGCACUGAAUCAGAGAAAAUAUAAUUACUUGAGAUUACUGUAAACAUUUAAUGUUUUUCUUCCAGAAAGGGGAAACAGUGAAGAAAAUGCGUGAGGAGGUGCGUUGUCAAUCCCUCUUUUCUUCGAUUAUACACUUUCAUCAUGAGAAUUAGAAUCAAUCCCAUGGCUGCUCAUAAUGACGUCUGUUAUUAUUCACAGAGCGGAGCACGAAUCAACAUCUCCGAGGGCAACUGCCCCGAGAGGAUCGUCACCAUCACUGGCCCAACAGACGCCAUCUUUAAGGCCUUUGCCAUGAUUGCCUAUAAGUUUGAGGAGGUAUCAUCAUUUCUCUUGUCCUAAAUAACCUCAUGUAUAUGCAGAGGCAGGAGUGCUACCACUGCUUGGGUGAGAACAAAUGGAGAAUAGCUUUAGAUGGUGCUCUCCUUGGGAGGGUUGCUGAUUUUUGUCUUCAUAUUCAGAUGAGUUCAAGGCACUCUUCAAAUUUGUGAAAAUAUAAAAUGUCUUAAUUAGGUUCGCAUACUAACAGGGAUUAAUAAAAACAUGGCACAAUUUGUUUUUACUACUGUAGGUCAUGCUCUGAUGAAGGCGUAUUAGCCGGUACAGUGAGGGAAAAAAGUAUUUGAUCCCCUGCUGAUUUUGUACAUUUGCCCACUGACAAAGAAAUGAUCAGUCUAUAAUUUUAAUGGUAGGUUUAUUUGAACAGUGAGAGACAGAAUAACAACGAAAAAAAUCCAGAAAAACGCAUGUCAAAAAUGUUAUAAAUUGAUUUGCAUUUUAAUGAGGGAAAUAAGUAUUUGACCCCCUCUCAAUCAGAAAGAUUUCUGGCUCCCAGGUGUCUUUUAUACUGGUAACGAGCUGAGAUUAGGAGCACACUCUUAAAGGAAGUGCUCCUAAUCUCAGCUUGUUACCUGUAUAAAAGACACCUGUCCACAGAAGCAAUCAAUCAAUCAGAUUCUCUCCACCAUGGCCAAGACCAAAGAGCUCUCCAAGGAUGUCAGGGACAAGAUUGUAGACCUACACAAGGCUGGAAUGGGCUACAAGACCAUCGCCAAGCAGCUUGGUGAGAAGGUGACAACAGUUGGUGCGAUUAUUCGCAAAUGGAAGAAACACAAAAUAACUGUCAAUCUCCCUUGGCCUGGGGCUCCAUGCAAGAUCUCACCUCGUGGAGUUGCAAUGAUCAUGAGAACGGUGAGGAAUCAGCCCAGAACUACACGGGAGGAUCUUGUCAAUGAUCUCAUGGCAGCUGGGACCAUAGUAACCAAGAAAACAAUUGGUAACACACUACGCAGUGAAGAACUGAAAUCCUGCAGCGCCUGCUAGGUCCCCCUGCUCAAGAAAGCACAUAUACAGGGCCGUCUGAAGUUUGCCAAUGAACAUCUGAAUGUUUCAGAGGAGAACUGGGUAAAAGUGUUGUGGUCAGAUGAGACCAAAAUCGAGCUCUUUGGCAUCAACUCAACUCGCCAUGUUUGGAGGAGGAGGAAUGCUGCCUAUGACCCCAAGAACACCAUCCCCACCGUCAAACAUGGAGGUGGAAACAUUAUGCUUUGGGGGUAUUUUCUGCUAAGGGGACAGGACAACUUCACCGCAUCAAAGGGACGGUGGACGGGCCAUGUACCGUCAAAUCUUGGGUGAGAACCUCCUUUGUUGCCCUCAGCCAGGGCAUUGAAAAUGGGUCGUGGAUGGGUAUUCCAGCAUGACAAUGACCCAAAACACACGGCCAAGGCAACAAAGGAGUGGCUCAAGAAGAAGCACAUUAAGGUCCUGGAGUGGCCUAGCCAGUCUCCAGACCUUAAUCCCAUAGAAAAUCUGUGGAGGGAGCUGAAGGUUUGAGUUGUCAAAUGUCAGCCUCGAAACCUUAAUGACUUGGAGAAGAUCUGCAAAGAGGAGUGGGACAAAAUCCCUCCUGAGAUGUGUGCAAACCUGGUGGCCAACUACAAGAAAUGUCUGACCUCUGUGAUUGCCAACAAGGGUUUUGCCACCAAGUACUAAGUCAUGUUUUGCAGAGGGGGUCAAAUACUUAUUUCCCUAAUUAAAAUGCUAAUCAAUUUAUAACAUUUUUGACAUGCGUUUUUCUGGAUUUUUUUGUUGUUAUUCUGUCUCUCACUGUUCAAAUACACCUACCAUUAAAAUUAUAGACUGAUCAUGUCUUUGUCAGUGGGCAAACGUACAAAAUCAGCAGGGGAUCAAAUACUUUUUCCCUCACUGUAUGUGAAGCAAAAAAGUUUGCCAGGUUUUUAUAUUUUUUAUCCCUGUGGGUAUGCCAAUUUAAUAAAGGAAUUUAACAUUUAGGCAAAUUAAGAGUUAUUUUUUUAUUUUUUCAAUUAUGAAGAAUAACCUCCUUUACUUUCUUUAACUGUGGUCCAAUAAAACCGAUUUGCCAACAAAAAGGGAGAAACAUAAAUGGCCGUGGAGAGAAGGUGUAGUAAACAUCGAAGUAAAAUAUGUCUUACACAGGCAACUGCUUCUUAUGCUUGACCAGAUUUUCUCCCAUUCCAGGAUAUAAUCAAUUCCAUGAGCAACAGUCCAGCCACCAGCAAGCCCCCUGUCACUCUGCGUCUGGUGGUGCCAGCCAGCCAGUGUGGAUCUCUCAUUGGGAAGGGAGGUUCCAAGAUAAAGGAGAUGAGAGAGGUACGGUACAGUACAGGUACAGUAGCGGGCUAUACCAUGAACAUCAGACAUGGAGCAUGGAAUCAAGAUGAUACCAAGAUUGUUUGCAUUCUGAUUCUUUACCCUUCUACCAGAAGUGUACACUUGCUCACUUCUCAAUUUAUCAUACUUCACUUCACUAUCUUAUGACUGUUGCCCAUACUAAAUAAACCCAACAAACUUGUCAUACUAGGCAAUGCCCCGCACCGUAUUACUUGAGUUGUCAAUGGCUCUGUGUCUUUGUGAGUGUUACCUUAUGUUGUUAUUUCCAAUACCAAUGUAAUCUCUACAUGUUGAUUGUGUUUAAUCAAGAGUUCAAGAUGCGAGAUAAAUUCCUGAAUAAGGCCAAUUUACAGUAAGUGAAUUGCACUGAACUGGAACUAUGUCUCACUGUGCCAUGUCUAUCUUUCCCCAGUCCACAGGGGCACAGGUUCAGGUGGCAGGGGACAUGCUGCCUAAUUCCACAGAGCGUGCCGUGACAAUUUCUGGGACCCCUGAAGCCAUAAUCCAGUGUGUCAAACAAAUCUGUGUGGUCAUGCUGGAGGUAAAGUAUGUUGGAGGGAGAGGACAUUUUCAGUUCAAUAAAAAGGGAGUUUAGCCACCAAAACCCACAUAGCCAGAACAAAGACACAGCGAGAGCCAUGCUACUGUUGGCACUCUGAACGGUCCCUGUCCCUAGUUCCCUGCCAAGCUACUCCUGCUGUGAUGGUUUAAAAAAAUUCUAACAUAAUCGACUGAACAUAAUAUAAUAAUUCUCCAGUAACAACUUUGUAGUUUCCAAAAGUUUCAGGGGUAAGACAAAACCAAUUUUUGUGCUCGGACAGAGAGAACUGGAUUAAUCAAUUAAAUAAUUUUAAAUUAACAACACAUUUAGAAAUAAAUCCUUGAUUCAAAUAUCCUAUCUCACAACAUGGGAAGAGUGUUAUUUUGCUUUACCUCAGAAAUGUGGUCUAGACGCAACUUUUUUAUCAAAUCAGUCAACUAGUUAUUAUCUCCCCAAUUUAUCCCAUCGAUGUCAACAUUGUCUAGUUCCUUGUUGGACUGAAAUAGGUUCCGUUACUCAUUAUGGGUGCCGGUACUGUUUAUAUUUUGGUGCAGGAGCUCCACAAUACUUUUGAGCUAAUAUUCUAAAAACAGGAGCUCAAGCAGUAGAAAAUUUGAGGUGCCAGUACUCAGCUCUGGUGAGCUCCUGCCCAAGUCAAGCACUGCUGGUUGAUUUUUUUAAUUUAAAUUUUUAAUUUAACCUUUAUUUAACCAGGUAAGCCAGUUGAGAACAAGUUCUCAUUUACAUCUGCGACCUGGCCAAGAUAAAGCAAAGCAGUGCGAUAAAAAACUACAACACAGAGUUACAUAUGGGGUAAACAAAACAUAAAGUAAAAAAUACAACAGAAAAUAUAUAUACAGUGUGUGCGAAUGUAGUAAAUUAUGGAGGUAAGGCAAUAAAUAGGCCAUAGUGCAAAAUAGUUACAAUUUCGUAUUAACACUGGAAUGAUAGAUGUGCAAAAGAUGAUGUGCAAAUAGAGAUACUGGGGUGCAAAUUAGCAAAAUAAAUAACAAUAUGUGAAUGAGGUAGUUGGAUGGGCUAAUUACAGAUGGGCUGUGUACAGGUGCAGUGAUCGGUAAGCUGCUCUGACAACUGACGCCUAAAGUUAGUGAGGGAGAUAAGAGUCUCCAGCUUCAGAGAUUUUUGCAGUUCGUUCCAGUCAUUGGCAGCAGAGAACUGGAAAGAAUGGCGGCCAAAGGAGGUGUUGGCUAUGAGGAUGACCAGUGAGAUAUACCUGCUGGAGCGCAGACUAUGGUUGGGUGUUGCUAUGGUGACCAGUGAGCUAAGAUAAGAUGGGGAUUUGCCUAGCAGUGAUUUAUAGAUGACCUGGAGCCAGUGGGUUUGGCGACGAAUAUGUAGUGAGUGCCAGCCAACAAGAGCGUACAGGUCACAAUGGUGGGUAGUAUAUGGGGCUUUGGUGACAAAACGGAUGGCACUGUGAUAGACUACAUCCAAUUUGCUGAGUACAGUGUUGGAGGCUAUUUUGUAAAUGACAUCGCCGAAGUCAAGGAUCGAUAGGAUAGUCAGUUUUAUGAGGGCAUGUUUGGCAGCAUGAGUGAAGGAGGCUUUGUUGCGAAAUAGGAAGCCGAUUCUAGAUCUAACUUUUGAUUGGAGAUGCUUAAUGUGAGUCUGGAAGGAGAGUUUACAGUCUAACCAGACACCUAGGUAUUUGUAGUUGUCCACAUACUCUAGGUCAGACCCGCCGAGAGUAGUGAUUCUAGUCGGGUGGGCGGGUGAAAGCAGCGUUCGGUUGAAGAGCAUGCAUUUAGUUUUACUAGUGUUUAAGAGCAGUUGGAGGCUACGGAAGGAGUGUUGUAUGGCGUUGAAGCUCGUUUGGAGGUUUGUUAACACAGUGUCCAAUGAAGGGCCAGAUGUAUACAAAAUGGUCUCGUCCGCAUAGAGGUGGAUCCGAGCUUCACCAGCAGCAAGAGCAACAUCAUCAGAGUCGGCCCGAGAAUUGAACCCUGUGGCACCCCCAUAGAGACUGCCAGAGGUCCAGACAACAGGCCCUCCGAUAUGACACAUUGAACUCUAUCUGAGAAGUAGUUGGUGAACCAGGCAAGGCAUUCAUUUGAGAAACCGAGGCUAUUUAGUCUUCCAAUAAGAAUGCGGUGGUUGACAGAGUCGAAAGCCUUGGCCAGGUCGAUGAAGACGGCUGCGCAGUACUGUCAUUUAUCAAUCGCGGUUAUAUUAUCGUUUAGGACCUUGAGCGUGGCUGAGGUGCACCCAUGACAAGCUCGGAAACCGGAUUGCAUAGCGGAGAAGGUACGGUGGGAUUCGAAAUGGUCGGUGAUCUGUUUGUUAACUUGGCUUUCAAAAACUUUCGAAAGGCAGGGCAGGAUGGAUAUAGGUCUGUAACAGUUUGGAUCUAGAGUGUCACCCCCUUUGAAGAGGGGGAUGACCGCGGCAGCUUUCCAAUCUCCGGGGAUCUCAGACGUUACGAAAGAGAGGUUGAACAGGCUAGUAAUAGGGGUUGCGACAAUUUCGGCGGCUAAUUUUAGAAAGAAAGGGUCCAGAUUGUCUAGCCCAGCUGAUUUGUAGGGGUCCCGAUUUUUCAGCUCUGUCAGAACAUGCAUGGGUAGGUUGCAGCGGAGGGUGCAGAGCUGUGGCCGGGGUAGUGGUAGCCAGGUGGAAAGCAUGGCCAGCCGUAGCAAAAUGCUUGUUGAAAUUCUCGAUUAUUGUAGAUUUAUCAGUGGUGACAGUGUUUCCUAACCUCAGUGCAGUGGGCAGUUGGGAGGAGGUGCUCUUAUUCUCCAUGGACUUUACAGUGUCCCAAAACCUUUUGGAGUUAGUGCUACAGGAUGCACAUUUCUGUUUGAAAAAGCUAGCCUUUGCUUUCCUAACUGAUUGUGUAUAUUGGUUCCUGACUUCCCUGAAAAGUUGCAUAUCGCGGGGGCUGUUCGAUGCUAAUGCAGUACGCCACAGGAUGUUUUUGUGCUGGUCAAGGGCAGUCAAGUCUGAGGAGAACCAGGUGCUAUAUCUGUUCUUAGUUCUGAAUUUUUUGAAUGGGGCAUGCUUAUUUAAGAUUGAGAGGAAAGCACUUUUAAAGAACAACCAGGCAUCCUCUACUGACGGAAUGAGGUCAAUAUCCAUCCAGGAUACCCGGGCCAGGUCAAUUAGAAAGGCCUGCUCGCUAAACUGUUUUAGGGAGCGUUUGACAGUGAUGAGGGGUGGUCGUUUAACCGCGGACCCAUUACGGACGCAGGCAAUAAGGCAGUGAUCGCUGAGAUCCUGGUUGAAGACAGCGGAGGUGUAUUUAGAGGGUAAAUCUGUCAGGAUGAUAUCUAUGAGGGUGCCCAUGUUUACAGAUUUUGGGUUGUACCUGUUAGAUUCGUUGAUAAUUUGUGUGAGAUUGAGGCCAUUUAGUUUAGAUUGUAAGUUGGCCGGAGUGUUAAGCAUAUCCCAGUUUAGGUCACCAAGCAGUACGGACUCUGAGGAUAGAUGGGGGGCAAUCAGUUCACAUAUGGUUUCCAGGGCACAGCUGGGGGCUGAGGGGGGUCUGUAGCAAGCGACAACAGUGAGAGACUUAUUUCUGGAAAGGUGGAUUUUUAGAAGUAGAAGCUCAAACUGUUUGGGCACAGACCUGGAUAGUAUGAUAGAGCUCUGCAGGCUAUCUCUACAGUAGAUUGCAACCCCACCCCCUUUGGCAUCGAUCUAUCGAGACGGAAAAUGUUGUAGUUGGGGAUGGACAUUUCUGAAUUUUUGGUGGCCUUCCUAAGCCAGGAUUCAGACACUGCUAGAACAUCAGGGCUGGCGGAGUGUGCUAACGCAGUGAAUAACUCAAACUUAGGGAGGAGGCUUCGGAUGUUAACGUGCAAGAAACCAAGGCUUUUACGCUUACAGAAGUCAACAAAUGAUAACGCCUGGGGAGUAGGAGUGAUACUGGGGGCUACAGGGCCUGGGUUAACCUCUACAUCACCAGAGGGACAGAGGAGGAGUAGAAUAAGGAUACGGCUAAAGGCAUUAAGAACUGGUAUUCUAGUGCGUUGGGUACAGAGAAAAAAACGGGCAGAUUUCCGGGCGUUGUAGAAUAGAUUCAGGGCAUUAUGUACAGACAAGAAUAUGGAAGGAUAUGAGUACAGUGGAGGUAAACCUAAGCGUUGGGUAACGAUGAAAGAGAUAGCAUCACUGGAGGCACAGAUUGAGUCGGUCUCCGCGUGUAUGUGGGGUGGGACAAAGGAGCUGUCUAAGGCAGGUUGAGCUGGGCUGGGGGCUCUACAGUGAAAUAGUACAAUAAGAAAUAACCGAAACAGCAUUAAGCAAGGCAUAUUGACAUGGGAGAGAGGCACAAAGCAGUCACAGGUGUUAUUCCAGAGAGCUAAGACAACAGCUGGUAAUGGCGACAAAGUUUGGGCUGAGGCUAAACAUAAACAGGAUGCAGUACUGUAUAAAGGAACAGUCCAGCAGGCAUCAGCUGUAUAGCUGAGUUAUCAUAAGGUCUGGUGAACAGCAAUAGGAGAGUUCGGAGGUAGAUUCGGGGGCUGCUAUAGCACUGGGGAGCAAGAGGCCCGGCUUGCGUGUGGUAGCGGGCCGGAGCUAGCAGAUGGAUCUUCGUGGUCGACGUCGUAACGGGAAGCCUGUUGAAACCACAUCAGACGAUUUCGUCGGCAAACCAGUCAUGUUGGAUCGGCGGGGCUCGAGGCUAGCUCAAGGCUAACUGGUGCUUGCUAAGGGGCAAUGGUAAUUAGCCAACGACAACAGCCAUUUGGUUGCAGCUAGCUGGUUGCAAUGAUCCGGCGCUAGGGUCCAGUGAUUCCGGCAGAAAAUCCGAUAUGCUCUGGGUCGAUAGCACGCUGUGCAGACUGGCCGACAAAUUGUCCAGGCUAGAGCUAGAGCUGGCUGAUGGGUAGUGCAGGCCACGGACAAUGGUGAAGACGCUAACGGUGGCUCAUAGCAAGUAGCCAUUCGGUUGCAGCUAGACUAGUUUCAGUUUAAGGUUCUUGAAAAAAGUUAUAAAGAAAUAAUAGAAUCCUUUUCCAUGUUGGGUGAGGCGGGUUGCAGGAAAGUAUAUUUAGUUAAAGAAUUAAAAGUAAAAUUGAGAAGAAAAAAAAAACACAGAACACAGAUAAAAAACACGACCGCACUGCUACGCUAUCUUGGAUUCCACAAUAGUCUACUUACUAAUGUACAGAUUAUUCUUGUCUGAUAACCAGCUAAGCUGACGUGGAGCUUUUGUCUUACAAAGGCUAGUGAUACAAUCUGAUGGAGUUAAUCAGUGAAUUCCACUCUACAUUCACCCAAAAGUCCUCUGUAGCUCAAUUGGUAGAGCAUGGUGCUUCUAACGCCAGGGUAGUGGGUUCGAUCCCCGGGACCACCCAUACGUAAAAUUUAUGCACACAUGACUGUAAGUCGCUUUGGAUAAAAGCAUUUGCUAAAUCGCAUAUUAUAUUAUAUUAUAUUAAAAGUGUAUGUGGUGCCACUGCUACAUUAAUAAAUAUUGUGUCUCACUCAAGCAGCUACCUAAGGCUGUGUUUAUACAUCUAUCCUAAGAACCCAAUUAUUUUUCAUAUCUAAUAUUUUUUUCUGACUGUCCACACACUUAUAUGUGACCCCUAUCAGAUUUGCACAUUCAAACUGAUGUAGCCUCUGAAAUAUCACACAGAUGCAAUGCUCAUUUCCUGUCAGUGUUCCUUUAAUAUUCUGGGUGGUUAUCGCGGUAACAGCAGGACAUGUGCAAAAAAAACAUCUGAUCUGAGGUCGCAUAUGAAACAUCGGAAUUGUAACAAGAUUGAGAACUACAUACGAAAAUGUGGAAUAAGUCGAAACUCAAAAGAUCAGAUUCAAUGUGGUUUUUGCUGUUAACACAUUCAGGAAAUAAUCUUAUAGGUAUCAGACGCCAAUACAUUGGAAUUGGGCUGCCUCUGUAAACACAGCCAAAGAGCUGCAGCUGCCCCUAUUACUGUACAUUAUUGUUUUUCAAGAUAUGGCGAAUAGAAAGCUACAGUGAGGCACAGACAAACUCCUCACAAAAACACUGGGCUGGGAAUACACAUCUGUCUGAAACGGCACCCUAUUCUCUCUGUACUGUACGACUUAGGUGACAUUUUGGAUGUAACCUCUGUCUCCCUCGUCUCUCUUGUUAAACCCACGGCCACACACUCAGUCCUGGUCUAACACUCUCUCUGUGUCUUCCCUCUUCCUCUUCUCCUAGUCCCCACCGAAAGGUGCCACCAUUCCCUACCGCCCAAAGCCCGCCUCCACCCCCAUCAUUUUUUCAGGUGGCCAGGUAAGAGCCGAACUGCUGGUGGCGUCCGCAGCCAACCUCAGCCUUUUAUUCCAGCACCAGCCACUGCCUGUUAGUGCACUCAGGUUUUCUCAAAUUCACACUCACUCGCAUGCCGCCCCCUUCUUGUAAAGCCCAAUGUACAAAGUUCAGAGCAGGCCACGAUAGUCAGCAUGGCCCAUUAUUACAUUCUAACAAACCUCAUUUGAUUGGCUCUUAUCUAGUCGUGGACGUAUAUGACGUAUAUGACGUAUAUGACGUAUAGACUAUCACGGCCUGCGGCUAUGAACUUUAUAAAGCUAGGCCAAGAGGGAGGGAGGGAUAUAGGGAAGGAGCUUGUUGCAGGUCACUACUAAAUAGAGGGCUAUUAUAGUUUGUGAAGGUGGUGCUUGAGGACCCCUGUUCAGACGUUUUUGCUCCGACUUUCACUUAAUUCUGUUCAAUUAAUCUCAUGUCCACCUCUUGACAGUAGCAUUAAAAUUAUAACCAGGGGUUGGGAUGGGGGGGUUGGAACAGAAACCUGCACGAUGAGGGGUCCUUUAGGACGUCAAGACCAAAAUGGACUGCAUGGCUAUUGGACUUUUAACACCUUUGUGGGUUAACCAUAGAUUGUGUUUCAAAGCACUCCUAACUAAUGACUUGCAUGCAAGCUCUCAUUGUACAGUGCACCCCUCCUCUUUCAAAAAUAUAUCAUAUCCUUUUAACAUUCCUGAUGACUUGUUAACAUCUUUUUAAAGGUAGUCUCAGUGAUAUGACGUACACUACAUUACCAAAAGUAUGUGGACACAUCUCAUUCCAAAAUCAUGGGCAUUAACAUGGAGUUGGUCCCCCCUUUGCUGCUAUAACAGCCUUGACCAAAGUUGCUUUGACAGACCUACAAUUAAUCAAUGACAUAUUCUGUCAACUGCACUGCCAGCUACUAACCAUUUGUUUAGUAAGGCCUUCAAACAUUUAAGUCAGAAACAGGGUAAUCCAACACAACAAUAUAUAUGCCCAAACUGUAACAGGUCAUGUGGCAUCAAUGAUUUGAAGAAUAGGAGCGACCUUGUUACCCUUCCUAUAGAUUCUCAAGUACAAGGUCUGCUUGAAAAUGUUAAAGUGAGAGACUCCCUUAAUCACAGAUAUACAUGGGCAACAUCAGAGAAUAUACUUGGUGACAUUUAUGACGGUGAAAUAUACAAAACCUUCUCUUCCGGGGGGAAUUCUUAACAAUAUAUCAAAUAAGAUUGUAUUUGUCACAUGCUUCAUAAACAACAGGUGUAGACUAACAGUGAAAUUAUUACUUAUAGGCCCUUCCCAACAAUGCAGAGAGAAAAAAAUGAGAUAUAAUAGAAAAACAGAAACAAUUCAUAAAUAAUAACAAGGAAUAAAUACACAAUGAUUAACGAUAACCUGGCUAUAUACACGGGUACCAGUCCCAAGUAGAUGUGCAGGGAUACGGGGUAAUUGAGGUAGAUUACUACAUGGCCAAAAGUAUGUGGACAUAUUGGGGUUUCCAAUGUUGACUUCCUCAUUCAAGUACCAAGAACAAAGUACAAAAAAAGUGUCUUGAACCACAAGAGCAUUAGUGAGGUCGGGCACUGAUGUUGGGCGAUUAGGCCUGGCUCGCAAUCGGCGUUCCGAUUCAUCCCAAAGGUGUUUGAUGGGGUUGAGGUCAGGGCUCUGUGCAGGCCAGUCAAGUUCUUCCACACCGAUUUCGACAAACCAUUUCUGUAUGGACCUCGCUUUGUGCAUGGGGGCAUUGUCAUGCUGAAACAGGAAAGGGCAUUCCCCAAACUGUUGCCACAAAGUUGGAAGCACAGAAUUGUCUAGAAUGUCAUUGUAUGCUGUAGCGUUAAGACUUCCCUUCACUGGAACUAAGUGGCCUAGCACGAACCAUGAAAAAUAGCCCCAGACCAUUUUUACUCCUCCACCAAACGUUACAGUUGGCACUAUUCAUUGGGGCAGGUAGCGUUCUCCUAGCAUCCGCCAAAUCCAGAUUUGUCCAUCGGACUGCCAGAUGGUGAAGCGUGAUUCAUCAAUCCAGAGAACACGUUUCCAUUGCUCCAGGGUCCAAUGGCGACGUGCUUUACACCACUCUAGCCGACGCUUGGCAUUGCGCAUGAUGAUCUUAGACUUGUGUGCGGCUGCUCGGGCAUGGAAACCCAUUUCAUGAAGCUCCCGGCUAACAGUUCUUGUGCGGAAGUUGCUUCCAGAGGCAGUUUCGAACUCGGUAGUGAGUGUUGCAACUGAGGACAGACGAUUUUUACGCACUCGGCGCUUCGGCACUCGCCAGUCCCAUGGCCUACCACUUCACGGCUGGGCCGUUGUUGCUCCUAGACAUUUUCACUUCACGAUAACAGCACUUAUAGUUGACCAGGGCAGCUCUAGCAGGGCAGAAAUUUGACGGACUGACUUAUUGGAAAGGUGGUAUCCUAUGAUGGUGCCACGUUGAAAGUGACUGAGCUCUUCAAUAAGGCCAUUCUAUUGCCAAUGUUUGUCUAUGGAGAUUGCAUGGCUGUGUGUUCGAUGUCAUACACCUGUCAGAAAUGGGUUUGGCUGAAAUAGCCAAAUCCAAUAUUUUGAAGGGGUGUCCACAUACUUUGUAUAAAAAAAGUCUAGAUGCAGAAAGUAACAUAGUGAGUCAAUUUCCGCAACAACUAAGAGCGUGGAAGCACGAGGCUCAACUCCUCCACUGUUUUGGUGCCCUGGCUACCACGCUGUGAACAGCAUGAAGCGUAACUGUGCACAUGCGCAGACUGUUUGACUGUGUGAGAGCGAAGUCUUACCACUUGCUCAUCUCAAUAUCUGCGGUGCUGCUUGUGGCAAUGUCUUUUCGCUGAUUCUACCUUUAACAUUCUUGAAUACUGCUACUGCUACUAAUACCACUACUCAUCCACUACCACUACUGUAAAUUAGUCAAAAAUAUUAAAUGUAAUGAAUAGUAUUUAUAGUCAAGGCAUCAAAGUACAAAAAUGUCGUUGACUAUCACCUAUUAAAGGGACAUCAUAUAAGGCAAGUUUUUCAAAUGUCAUGUUAGUUCAUUCACAGAGAAUAUCAGUGGUUUGAAAUUGUUCAGUGUUCAUAUAUUAUAUAAACGUUAUGCAACAUUGUCAAGUAUAAAAUGCUUCCAAGGGAAACAAAGACUAUAUGAAUGAGACAGUACUUAAGUCUGAAAUAAUUGUAAAAAUUGAACUUCAGAGUAGUCUCUGAGGUUACAUGUAUAAGCCCUAUUCCCUGAGAAGAUAGAUAAUAAUAUUCAGUUUUUGUGUUUCUUCUUCCUCCAUACAGGCCUACACAAUUCAGGGACAAUAUGCCAUCCCACACCCAGAUGUGAGUUCCAAGUCUCAGCUGUCAAAUCUUAUUACUGUCAAAAGUCUGCACAUUUCUUAGAUUUACACCUACUAAUAUUAACCAGUAAUAUUAAUACAACAUUGUUUUCAGUGAAAGCAUUCUGAAACCUUCACUUCUCAGGUCUUGGCCUGUUCCAUUUUUAAAAUGACGGCACUUAAGGAACAAGUUCUUGGUUUGGAGUGAUUUUUUCAGAUUUAGAAUCGCAUACACCCAACAGUCUCCACACCCAGGAAAUUGCUUUUGACUGAUGCCGUGCUCUGUUGCAGUGCUUAGGACUAAGUAGAAUGUGAUAGAACUGGUCGUCUGGGUGUGGACUCCUCCUAAUUUCCACAAGGCCAUACAUAGUCUCCAUUAACCCAUCCACCACCUCCCCGUCUUCUUUUUUUUUUUUUUUUACAGCUUUUCUGCUACAUAUACAUACAUUUUACAUACAGUGGGGAGAACAAAUAUUUGAUACACUGCCGAUUUUGCAGGUUUUCCUACUUACAAAGCAUGUAGAGGUCUGUAAUUUUUAUCCAGAAAAUCCAGAAAAUCACAUUGUAUGAUUUUUAAUUAAUUAAUUUGCAUUUUAUUGCAUGACAUAAGUAUUUGAUAGAUCACAAAAGCAGAACUUAAUAUUUGGUACAGAAACCUUUGUUUGCAAUUACAGAGAUCAUACGUUUCCUGUAGGUGUUGACCAGGUUUGCACACACUGCAGCAGGGAUUUUGGCCCACUCCUCCAUACAGACCUUCUCCAGAUCCUUCAGGUUUCGGGGCUGUCGCUGGGCAAUACGGACUUUCACCUCCCUCCAAAGAUGUUCUAUUGGGUUCAGGUCUGGAGACUGGCUAGGCCACUCCAGGACCUUGAGAUGCUUCUUACGGAGCCACUCCUUAGUUGCCCUGGCUGUGUGUUUCGGGUCGUUGUUAUGCUGGAAGACCCAGCCACGACCCAUCUUCAAUGCUCUUACUGAGGGAAGGAGGUUGUUGGCCAAGAUCUCGCGAUACAUGGCCCCAUCCAUCCUCCCCUCAAUACGGUGCAGUCGUCCUGUCCCCUUUGCAGAAAAGCAUCCCCAAAGAAUGAUGUUUCCACCUCCAUGCUUCCCGGUUGGGAUGGUGUUCUUGGGGAUGUACUCAUCAUUCUUCUUCCUCCAAAAACGGCGAGUGGAGUUUAGACCAAAAAGCUAUAUUUUUGUCUCAUCAGACCACAUGACCUUCUCCCAUUCCUCCUCUGGAUCAUCCAGAUGGUCAUUGGCAAACUUCAGACGGGCCUGGACAUGCGCUGGCUUGAGCAGGGGGACCUUGCGUGCGCUGCAGGAUUUUAAUCCAUGACGGCGUAGUGUGUUACUAAUGGUUAUCUUUGAGACUCUGGUCCCAGCUCUCUUCAGGUCAUUCACCAGGUCCUGCCGUGUAGUUCUGGGCUGAUCCCUCAGCUUCCUCAUGAUCAUUGAUGCCCCACGAGGUGAGAUCUUGCAUGGAGCCCCAGACCGUGGGUGAUUGACCGUCAUCUUGAACUUCUUCCAUUUUCUAAUAAUUGUGCCAACAGUUGUUGCCUUCUCACCAAGCUGCUUGCCUAUUGUCCUGUAGCCCAUCCCAGCCUUGUGCAGGUCUACAAUUUUAUCCCUGAUGUCCUUACACAGCUCUCUGGUCUUGGCCAUUGUGGAGAGGUUGGAGUCUGUUUGAUUGAGUGUGUGGACAGGUGUCUUUUAUACAGGUAACGAGUUCAAACAGGUGCAGUUAAUACAGGUAAUGAGUGGAGAACAGGAGGGCUUCUUAAAGAAAACUAACAGGUCUGUGAGAGCCGGAAUUCUUACUGGUUGGUAGGUGAUCAAAUACUUAUGUCAUGCAAUAAAAUGCAAAUUAAUUACUUAAAAACCAUACAAUGUGAAUUUCUGGAUUUUUGUUUUAGAUUCCGUCUCUCACAGUUGAAGUGUACCUAUGAUAAAAAUUACAGACCUCUACAUGCUUUGUUAGUAGGAAAACCUGCAAAAUCGGCAGUGUAUCAAAUACUUGUUCUCCCCACUGUACAUGGUACUUUUAUAUACAGCAAUCACAUACAAAUAAUACCUUACCAAACAUAAGCUAUUUAAUCCCACCCCUCAGCCAUUCUCCGCCCAUUCCACCUAUCACCAUAGACCACCCUCGUUUGGUUUCCAUGUGACAUAUAUUUUUCAAUUGUGCUGUGAGGUUUUACAUACAUUUUUUACCUUUCUACUUGCAUAGUAUCCACAGAUUGUGAGAUAAAGAUGAAAACCUUUCUUGCAAGUACUAUUAUAUUAUUUAUUGACUGACUAUGGCUUUCCAAAUCGCCCAACACUGCUAUUUGUAAGGUUCAUUUGAACCAGAAACAAGCUACAUAAGGGGCCAGAAUAAAUUAUCUAGUGAUUCUGUAUCUUCGCAGCAAAAUCUACAGAGCUGACAUUGUUGUAUGUCCCAUAUACAUAGUAUUCUGUUGGUGGCAAGAAUGUUGUAUAAUAAUUUAAAUUGAAAAACUAAAAGUGUUGAAUUAAGUGUUGUUUUUUGUAUCAGUUCAUAAACCAUGUGCCAUGGAAUCUGUACAUUGAACAUCUCUUCCCAUUUAUUUUGCAACCUGUAUGGCGCAGCUGUCAACAUUUCUGUCCUCAAAUGAAACUGGUAUAUUUUUCUAUUUAAGCCAAUUCUUUUCAGCCAAUUUGUAUCUUUAAUAUAUGGCAGACAAACAAGUUCCCCAACUUCUCCCUCUUCCACUUGCCGCCAUUUUUGUGGUAAUGCUGCAAUCAGUUGCUAAUAAGUUUGGAUUGAGCAGACAUUCACAUAUAUUUUCGAAAGCUGCAUAUGUGACAUAACUCCACCAUUUCUAUUCAUAAUAUCAAUAAUAAAUAUAAUACUUUUUUUUUUCUUUUUCAUAAAGAAUGUUUAUUUAUUAAUCAGUAUAUUUGAGUUUAACCCUAAUGUUUGUUGUAAUAUUUGUUCUAUCUUUUCUGGACAAUAAAAAAGUCGGAAGUUUACAUACACUUAGGUUGGAGUCAUUAAAACUCGUUUUUCAACCACUCCACGAAUUUCUUGUUAACAAACUAUAGUUUUGGCAAGUUGGUUAGGACAUCUACUUUGUGCAUGACACAAGUAAUUUUUCCAACAAUUAUUUACGGACAAAUUAUUUCACUUAUAAUUCACUGUAUCACAAUUCCAGUGGGUCAGAAGUUUACAUACACUAAGUUGACUGUGCCUUUAAACAGCUUGGAAAAUUCCAGAAAAUGAUGUCAUGGCUUUAGAAGCUUCUGAUUUGAGUCAAUUGAACGUGUUCCUGUGGAUGUAUUUCAAGGCCUACCUUCAAAGCUUGACAUCAUGGGAAAAUCAAAAGAAAUCAGUCAAGACCUAUUUGUAGACGUCAUACCGCUCAGGAAGUCUCCUAGAGAUGAACAUACUUUGAUGAGGAAAGUUCAAAUCAAUCCCAGAACAACAGCAAAGUACCUUGUGAAGAUGCUGGAGGAAACAGGUACAAAAGUAUCUAUAUCCACAGUAAAAUGAGUCCUAUAUCAACAUAACCUGAAAGGCCGCUCAGCAAGGAAGAAGCCACUGCUCCAAAACCGCCAUAAAAAAGCCAGACUACGGUUUGCAACUGCACAUGGGGACAAAGAUGGCACUUUUUGGAGAAAUGUCCUCUGGUCUGAUGAAACAAAAAUAGAACUGUUUGGCCAUAAUGACCAUUGUUAUGUUUGGAGGAAAAAGGGGGGGCUUGCAGGCCGAAGAACACCAUCCCAACCGUGAAGCAUGGGGGUGGCAGCAUCAUGCUGUGGGGGUGCUUUGCUGCAGGAGGGACUGGUACACUUCACAAAAUAGAUGGCAUCAUGAGGAAGGAAAAUUAUGUGGAUAUAUUGAAGCAUUUCAAGACAUUAGUCAGGAAGUUAAAACUUGGUUGCAAAUGGGUCUUCCAAAUGAACAAUGACCCCAAGCAUAAUUCCAAAGUUGUGGCAAAAUGGCUUAAGGACAACAAAGUCAAGGUAUUGGAGUGGCCAUCACAAAGCCCUGACCUCAAUCCUAUAGAAAAUGUGUGGGCAUAACUGAAAAAGCGUGUGUGAGCAAGGAGGCCUACAAACCUGAUUCAAGUACACCAGCUCUGUCAGGAGAAAUGGGCCAAAAUUCACCCAACUUAUUGUGGGAAACCUGUUGAAGGCUACCCGAAACGUUUGACCCAAGUUAAACAAUUUAAAGGCAAUGCUACCAAAUACUAAUUGAGUGUAUGUAAACUUCUGACCCAUUGGGAAUGUGAUGAAAUAAAUAAAAGCAGAAAUAAAUCGUUCUCUCUACUAUUAUUAUAAUUAUUAUUAUUCUGACAUUUCACAUUCUUAAAAUAAACGGGUGAUCCUAACUGACCUAAGACAGGGCAUUUUUACUAGGAUUAAAUGUCAGGAAUUGUGAAAAAGUUUAAAUAUAUUUGGCUAAGGUGUAUGUAACAUUCCGACUUCAACUGCAGUCUCCAUUAAUAAUUUCACUUAAUCUGUCUCGAGCAUCUCGAGAGCUAUCGCGUGUUAGGUCUUUUAAUUCGGAGAAGGCAGUGAUUGAUGGCAGGGGAGCCAUUGGUUGACAUUACAAUCACUCAAGUAGGGCCUCGACAUCCUCCCCACCCUCAUUUAAGCUACUCUUUAAUGGGUGAGAGCAUUCACAAGCAUCCGUCUCGCUCAUUAUUGAUAGCAAUGAUAGACAGUGAGGGAAGAUUGUCAACUUUUAAGUUUCAUAUGGGCCAAGUGUUGUUUGACUGACAGCCAGGCCCAUGAAGGUUGUCUUGUUGGUCUUGGCAAGGUUGUCCAUCUCUGGCUUACUGUAAGAAAUUGUUUGAGUGGUCAAUCAGGAUUUAUACUGUAUGUUACUAGAUGAUAAAUUGUAAAGAAGAAAAACAGGAUUUGUGAAUUUCAGACUGAUGUGUCAUCCACUUUGUAAGAUGAGCAUAUUGUUCCAUCAUGGUUAUGCACCAUCGUUAUGCACCAAAGUGACCUGAAUACAGUUUUGAAUUAAGGAGUUUUGGAUGAAACAACAGUAAAAAAAAAAGAAAAAAAAAGAAAUAACUAUCCCUUUCCAGGUCCAAUAAGUCACAUUUUGUGAAAUGACAAACUACGAUCUCACACAGAUUUAAGUUACUGGCCAAUGCCUGUAAGAUCACGUCGUUCUGUGUUCUAAAUUGAAACAGACAGUUUCAGCCCCAAACCAGUCAUGGCUAAUCUUAAAUAAAACAUUAAAACUAUACAACAAAUGUAGACGUUUUCUUUCCUUAGCUUGUCUAAUUGCAUAACCUUAAGUCUAGCUCAUAAGGUUUGUGAUUGCAAUUGCAGUAUUCACUGUAUUUUAGCCUUGAAACAGUUGUAGACUCCAACUCUAGGCGACAUAAUAAUGGAGACUACAGCUGUGUCUCAGGGCUAUAUUUAUUUAAUCAGACAAUUUCGGACGUGAGUCAGCAAUUUUUGACAGGCUAGCUUCGUCUGGGUACGUGAGUCAGCCAUUUUUGACAGGCUAGCUUCGUCUGGCUACACUACCGAAAAGCAACGUGAUCCUUGGUACAUGAUGUGAAUACAGAAUCGACUAGUUUUUGGGAAAUAUACUUUUCAACAAAUAGGGAGGGGUAGGCAAGUCAAACAUUUUUAACAGAUUAUGACCUUUCAAUUAUAUUCAUAUCAUAGACAUUACGAUAAAUGUUGCAAAGCAACUCAAAUUACUGGACCUUUAACCAGAAAACCAACCAGAUUGAAGUGUUCACACAGACAUUGCAUCACAGAUAGAUGCAUUAAAUUAGAAUGUUAAGAAGUUAGUUGAUGUCUUCAUUACCAAUCAAUGGAAAAUAUUAUAAUGCAACAAGUUGUCUGUGUUGAUCUUCCCUGUGAAAAAGCUGCAUCUCUGCUGAUUACGCAAUCCAUCUGCUAUUACAAACUGGAUACAGCAGCAAAUAUAACACCCCAUCUCAACCAUAUUGGGCUAAGUCCUUCUCAAGUUCUCUCUCGCUCUCUCUCUCUGUGUCUCUCAUUCUCUCUGUCUCUCUGUCUGUCUCUCUUUUGCUCUCUCGUCUCCCACCACCAUGUGCCAUGCUUCCUCUCCUCACUGUUUCUCCUCACUGUUCUAGUUUUAAGUUCUUGAUUUCUUGUCGGUGUGACCUUGUGUUAUUACAAUAACCUCUUAGUUCUACUGUCGCUCCUACCCCCCUCAGCAGUUGACCAAGCUCCACCAGUUGGCUAUGCAGCAAACCCCCUUUACCCCCCUCGGACAGACCACCCCUGCUUUCCCUGGUACGUACCCACAAGCCCUCUCUCAACACUUCCUUCUCUUUGUACCUGUAGACACUCAUCUCGCUCUUCUUUUUCUCUCUUUCCUCUCUUUCCCCAUGACCCUGGUGGUUGCUUUCCUCCUAAGCUUGGCUUUUUGUUUGGCUCUGCCUUCAUUUAGUCGACCAGAGCUGGUCUUUGGUUGA